UAGCAAAGGUGUUCAUUUCAACAGCACAGCUCUGCCAGUGAACAACGUUGCUCUUGUGCCGUCUAAUGGCACGCGCUUGCAAGAGGAAGAACGAAAAGUAAAAACUAUCUUACCCUGACACAGUCACAGCAACAGUGUGAAUGUGCCUUUGUGCCUUAGUGCUCAGCUACUAAAAAGUGAUACUCACAGUGCCAAUAAACAAGAUAACAACAUUCUCCUACAACCUAUCACGCAUAGUGAAAAGUGAAAACUGUCACAGUGCGUUCGUGUUUCCUGUGAGUGCUAUACAGUCCUUGGUGUGUGAAACGCGACACACAGUGUCACACAGUGCUGUAGUGCUCUUUCUUCGUUUGGGUGCUAACGCGUGUGCACGCAGCGUCGCAGCAGCUGAUUAUAAUUAAUGCACCACCAAGCCCCGUCGACAACGACGACGACGACGACACAACGGAACGGUAGAGGAUUGAAGCAAGCCUGCAUCAGUCGCUAAUCCAUCCGCCCUUUGCGUGGCGUGGCUCUUCCAUUUCCGCACCUCAAGUGCCUUGAACGUCCGGCGGACGUUAAGAAAUUCGUACGCUUCACGGGAAAUUGUGAACCAGUGCGAACAACAGUGCGGAAGAAAGUGUAUGUGUGUUUGGUUCCUUUUGUGAAACGAUUGCUUAAACGAACGAGCUGUUCAGUUGACCCCCCUCUGUGGGCUGUGUGAAUUAUCCCGUUGGGGUGUGUCCGGUUUGCGCUGAUUGUGAUCCCCGCUUGAUUGGGCGAAAUUUGUGCUCCAGUUCAAGGAGAAGCCCCGCAAUAACCGACCGUCCGCCCGAUCCGUUUACAGUCCGCCAAUUUGUCUGAAUCGUCUGAUCACAUGUCCUGCACGCACUGACCUCCCCGUCGGUCCACGCCAUCCUAAUUGUCAAUCAGCGUGGGUCAAGCGAGCGCGAAAUUCAAUUGAUACGAGACGUCUGACAACGUGAACGUGAACUCUGGGAGGAACGGGGCGGAAGCAUACACACCUCCCCCACGCCAAGCCGCUUGUAAGAAACGUGAGCUGCGUCGCAAAGUGUGUUGUGAAACAUCUUUCAGGCAAAGGAAUUUCGUCAAAAUCCGUCCCGUAGUGUGUGGCAAUCGGUGACAGUGGCGGUUUGCCCAACAGGCGAAAAUAGAACUCCUCGCAUCCUCAGCUCCACCUCACCCCGAGCAAGCCGCGCAAUGGCGACCAAUACUACGGUCGCGGUGCUGCUAGCAACGAUCGCAGCCGUCUGUGUGAGUUUUGGCGAGGCGGCCAAAAUACUGGCAAUCUUCCCGGUGCCACUGAAGCAGCACCAGCUCGUCUACCGCCCACUGAUCGAGGAGCUGGCCGGCCGGGGUCACGAGAUCGUGCUCGUUACAACGGACCCCCUCGACAAGGCCGACCGCCCGAACGGGACGCGCUCGAUCGAGCAGAUCGAUCUCAGCUUCGCCUACCAGCUGCCCGCCCUGGCGCAGCUCGGCUGGGUCGGGCUGGACGGGCGCGACAUGCUGCGCAACAUAUUCGACGUGAUGCGCACGAUUUCGGCCGCAGAGCUGCGCCACCCGGCCAUGCAGAAGCUGAUCGAAUCGGCCAACCUGCAGGACGGAACGGGCGGCACCAAGUGCAACCGGUUCGACGUGGUCAUGGUGGAAUGGUCCGGCGUGACGCUGAUGAACGCGUUUGCGGAACACUUCCGGGCGCCGCUGGUAGGCAUCGCGAACGGCGGGGCGUACAUCAACGCGCACGAAGCGCUCGGCAAUCCGAACCAUCCGAUCGGCUACCCCAGCAUCUUCAUGCCGUUCAGCGAGGAUCUGAGCCUGCUGCAGCGCAUCUCGAGCGUGCUGUUCACCGUGUGGUACAGGUUCUACUACUACACCGAGGAAAUUCCGGCCCAGAAUUUGAUUGCCAAAAGCAGCUUCGGCGAACACAUUUCCGAUCUGCGCCAGAUCGAGCAGAACGCGGACCUGCUGCUGAUCAACGCUUAUCAGCAGCUGGGCAAUGUGCGCCCGGUCGGCCCCACCACCGUCUAUCUCGGAGGCAUACAUCAGCAACAUCGCCACCAGCUUCCGGAAGAUCUGUUCCUCUUCCUCGCCCAAUCGGACGAACCGGUCGUGUACGUCAAUCUGGGCGCCUCGCUGGGUGGUGUGGCCGGACAGGCUCGCAUCGACAAGAUUGCCAAAGCGCUCGCGCACCUCGAUCUGGCCAGCGUUUGGGCGCUGGACGAGAGCAUGGACCCGAUCAACAGUACCGGGCGCAUCUACCAGUCACACAGCGUGCCGCAGGAGGCCGUUUUAGGUCAUUCAAAAGUGCGCGCAUUCCUCACGGACGGUGGCCAAAUCAACGUCGAGGAUGCCAUCCAGCACAAGGUGCCCGUCGUCGGCAUCAGCUACUCAACCUCGUACGACCACUAUCUGCGCCAAAUCGUCAAGUACGAAGCGGGCAUCAUCUCACUGAUCGACUUUGAGACGCAAACCUUCGUGGACAAGCUUCAGGAUGUGUUGAUCAACGAAAGGUAUCAGGAAAAUGUGAACAAACUGCACCGAUUGCUUAACGACCAGCCGCAAAGCGCGCUGGAGCGUGCCGUCUGGUGGAUCGAAUAUGUGGCACGCAACGGCGGCACCAGACCGCUACACGUGCGCCAUCUGUCCUGGUUCGAGUACCUGAUGCUGGACGUGCUGAUUGUGGUUGGUGUCUUGGCUAGUCUCGCGUGUGCGCUGAUUGCAUACGCUAUUGUUCGAGCAGUUCGCUACUCGAGAAGCUUACCGAUGGAGAUGGUGACGCGCGGUAGCCGGAAGUGCAAGAUGAUGUAAAAAAGCGGACGUUCUCUAACGGCUCGCCGAAGAUUGGACGCGAGAGUUACAGUGCUAUAGCGAUUGUAUUUUGCUAUGCAAAAGAACAUUACAAAGAAGGUGGUUAUUGUGCAGAUUUAAAAUCUCCCGCAUCUUAUGCGUCAGCAAGGCAUAAGAUGAUUAAUUUAAGAGCAGAAAAAAACCUUUCGACAGGGUUGUAAUCUUCAAGAAAGAUUUAAAUAGUUACUACAUCAGGUUUUGUCAAAGAUUGAUAGAUUUAAUCAAACGUAUUUUGUUACGCUGUUAGUAGAUGGAUAAGAACGAAAUGCCUCACACACAUUUACGAAAGUCUGAAACGGUUUAGAGCUUGUCUGUAGGAUGCGGUAGGCUGUUUGUGAACGUUUUUGAAAAAAUGGAAGAUAUCUACAAUGAAUCUUUGCUAAAUACCCCGCACUGAGUAGUGCGUAAGUGUAUUGUGAUAUUACCUAAGUAAGAUGUACCAGUAGGAGUGUAUGGAGAAGUAAAAUACCCUACAGAAAUAAAACAGAUGUCAAAAUUAA